CAUGCGCAAGAAUUUCACACGUGAGCCCGCGAAUCCGCGAGAGGUUUGCCUCGAGCGCGAGACUUCCUGCCGCUUCAGUGUCGUGCGCGAUUCCGUACGCGGCGCUUGUGCGAAGCGAUGACUGUGCCAGGACUCGUCCCGACAUAGAUCGACCAUAGAGAUCGAACGUUGGGACACUUGAAAUUCGGGAAUCGCGACGAGAAUUCCGACCGGCCAUGAUCGAGUCCUCCUGUGUGGCUCGCGACGAAAAGUCGCGGAGUCGAUGAUCGAUCGGAAGAUCGAAUUCUAAUAAGCAAGCAGCCACGACGAGGCGACUGACGAUGGGAAUCGCGAGACGAUGACACAACACGUUGCUCCGUUAAUUCCGGUAAUCGUUCGCGCGGUUAAUAAUUCGACGGGGAUGUAAUAUUGAAAUCGUUUGGCGGCAAGGGAGAGAAAUUACUCCGGCGGAUAUAGGCCGAAGCGCAGAUUCACGGUAAACUCGGAGGCUUGUCACUCAUUCUACCGCGAAACAGGAGCUCGUGCCGCGAUAGAGCCACGCGAUAGUAAAUCACAAGGUGGCAGGAUUUCGCGCGCGGCUGUCAGACGGAAACGCCGCUCCGCUUCGCCUCGACUGACAACAGCUUUCUUCGGCACGUCACGCCGGCAGACAGGUGGAGUUUUCGCGAACCGUCGCGUCUCGGGACGACCUCCUGUGCGGGAAUUUGUCGUUAGAUUAAUAUCAUCGUCAUCGUCAUCAUCCUGAGGAAUGACAAUAAAAACUGGCCGCUUUGCCGCCGUAAAUAACCAGCGCUACGUACUUCGGCGUGUUGCCACGGUGGAAUCCCGCUCGUAAUGACUCGUAAUUGCGCGGAGGAGGAGCCGACGUCGUGUUGGAACGAUUUAAGGGACACCUAGCAGCGCCACCCGUGCCCUCCGCUAUAAUGAUUAGGUGCACGCGACUAUACGAGGAUUACCUGGUUGAGGUGGAGGAUCGAGAGACGCGAGGGUGUACGGCUGAAAUCUGAAUACGUGAGUGGUCGAACGCGACCUCGAACGAACUCUCGUCUCUCGUCUCUCUCUCUAUGGUUCCUUCCAAAACGACUGAUCGUUAGCACGCUUGGACGCAGAUCAACGACAUUCACGGCGCAUUCGAAGGAUUCAAUUGGAAGGGCGUAAUGGACACGUCACCAACGUUAAGCAUCGGCGGUUCGAGGGCCAGGGCGGCCCUUUUGACCACUAGCGGCACCGGAACCGGUAGCACCGACAGACGGGUCGUCUUUUUAGCAAGUCAACCAUCGGUCGGCAGCAGUCACGAGACCAAGACCUGGCCUCACCAUUGGUCACCACACACGACCGGAAACAGUUACAAAUCGCCGGAGGAAUCGCCGCACACGGAGCACAGCAGACUGAGGAUGUCUCGGGGCCAAGGGGGAUGGUCCGACGAGCCUUGCACUUCCGGUAGUGCGAGUCGCCGCAGUGGAGCGCGGCAAAUGGCGGGAUCGUCCUCGAGAACGUCAACUUCCGCCUUGGAGGAGCGUGCUUCCGGUACUACGCCGUGUAAAAGUGGGUUCAGAUUAGGUGUCUACGGUUGGAGAAAAAGAUGUCUCUACUCCCUCGUAUUGACCCUCAUGAUCAUCGUUAUUCUCAACCUCGCUCUUACCGUCUGGCUUUUGAAAGUCAUGGGAUUCAGUUCCGAAGGUAUCGGUUCGCUAAAAGUGGUGCCUGGGGGAAUCGAACUAAGAGGUCAAGCUGCCGUGUUGGACGCUCUUGUGGCUUCCAACCUGAGAUCUCGGAGGGGUAAAAACUUAGUGUUGGAAUCAUGGAGUAAUUUUACUGCCUCAGCAAGAUCUCACGAUGGUCGGCUUCUCGCGCGAUUAACAGUUGGAGAGGAUCGUGUCGACUGCGUAUCUAGAGGUUUUCGAAUAACCGAUCCUCGAGGAGGAGUACUCUUUUCCGCGGACAGGGAACAGAUUAUCGUGGGAGCGGAAAUGUUGAGAGUGACCGGUGAAGGUGGUGCCGUUUUUCAGGGAAGCGUGCAGACUCCACUGGUCAGAGGAGAUUCGAAGCGCGGUCUUAGACUCGAAUCAGCGACAAGAUCGUUGAAAAUCAGUGCUCCUCAGCGGGUUGUGAUCGAGUCCUGGGCAAGCGAGAUCUCGGCGUCUUGUUUGACAGAUCUGAAGCUGCAGAGCGUUCACGGAGCCAUCCGACUCGACGCCAAGUCCGUCUAUAUGAAAGGUCUGAAGACAGCGAUGCCAAUGCAAGGACACUCGUCCAGAGAACAGCAACAGCAGCAGCAGCAACAGCAGCAGCAACAGCACUCCGGUAGAUCCUCAUCCACUCAUCAAAGCCAAAGGGAAACAACCAUCUAUCAGCUGUGUGCCUGCGCAAGUGGCAAGCUCUUCCUCGCCAGGCCGGAGGGCAGUUGUCAAGCCGACAAAUCGAUUUGCUAAUACGAAACGGCUCGGUAGUCCUGAGUAUCGCGAAAAGACAGAAUAAUUUGUUACAAAUUGCAAUGAACUAUGUAACUCGGUGAGAAAUCCUAACGACGGGAAAUGAAAAAGAAAAACGCAUUGCGAUCGGCCAAUCGGCAUGAUCGGGGACGAGGCCUUCAUUGGAACACUGCAAGCGAUAUCAAACGAAUCUACCACGCGGUUUAAAUGGACGAAAAUACUGAGUGCGACAUAUUAAAAAUUAUAAUGAGAGAGAGAGAGUGAGAAAGAGAUAUAUAUAAAGACAGAGAUAAAGAGAGAGAAAGAAUACGCUAAAUACGGAUAGUCGGAGCUAAUUAAUUAUUCCCAGCAUGCGCUAUUUUUCGAUGAACGCGGCGUAUGCCCAAUACGCCUUUAAGUGCCGGGCGCUCUUUGGGAAUUUCCAGUUUAUUUAGGGCCUAAUCUGGACGCUGACGUUGCCUCUUAAAUAUAACACAUACAUGUCAAUUAACUAAAAUUGCGUCGUUUUUUUUUUUGCCUUUUUUUUAUUUUGCAAUUUAACGUCACUCAUGUUUAAUUACGUUGCCGUAUAAGAACACAAUCGGGCGUUGUUGUAACUUCAAUCUCGCGCACACUUUAAGGCAUACGUCAAUCUUCUCCAGUCGCGGGCGUUUUAUGGCGCCAAUCUUCGUUGGUGAAAUAUAUAUAUAUAUAUAUAUAUAUAUAUAUAUAUAUAUAUCCAACCGAUCUGGCGGCGAAGAACGCGAACAAGCGCGUCAGGUGUUUUCUCCGCAAUUCGGAAGAGAACAUGCCCGUCGCGUUGUGCGGAUACAAAGAAAAUUCUCGCGAGAUCUUGACCGCCAACCCGGAAAAAUUCUCUCGAAUUCGCGGACAUUUGAAAAAUUCUCUCUGAAGAAUAUCUUGAAGCGGCACAUUCACCGAGUUCUUCCCUUUAACUUUUUCUCGCGCCAGCGCCGUCGGUCAAUGCGACAUGCCUUCUAAAGUUCUUGCGUUGCGGAAGAUCCGCAUAUUUCUGCGCGACGCUGCUUGCUUGUUUGGCGUUCUGGAUUCGGCUCGAACUUGUAUAUUUCUCCCGGCAGGGCGUCGCUCGUUCGGAAAGCCCUUGAAUCUGUCCAUCGAGGAUUCGUCUCGGUCGGGAGAUCCCCGUGGUACCGUGAAUAGAUCCUAUUAACUAUGUGUACGUAGCACUAUCGCCGAUACUGUUCCGCGAUGCGCAUCUCGUACCGGACUCUCAUCUCACUUUUGGCGGACUGUAAGGUUUGCAUUUGAGAAGAGAAAAGAGAAUUCAGAUUUCUUAUACAUUAGCAAUCUUGAAAGAUCGUGAAUCUGAAUGCAAACCGCGGCACUGUAAAUGCAACGUUAACUACGCUAAAUGAUAUUAAACGUAGCGUUCUAAAAUGUGCAGCACUAAUUAAAGAUGGGAAUUCGGAACGUCGUGCGUCGAAGCGAAACGCGCGAUCGCUGUUAGGCGGCGCCCGGUAAAUCGACGACCCCUCGAUCUUCCUUUUGUUUCCCUGUCUCUUCGUAGCACCUUCGUCAGCCUUCUUCGUUCGAUACUUUAUACCCUGUGUACCGAGUAUACGUCUCGCGCAGCGAAACCACUUGUAGGCAAAUCGUUCGUAGCACCUCUCCCUCCCAUAAAUGAGUCCUCCGCUCUCGCUCCAGCGUUGGGGUCCUUUCAGGGAGAUUAUUCCUCGCGAAAUCGCUUACUUCUAACGCGAUGUCUGUUUAACCCGUGCUCCAAUACAAAGUAGAACCGUUGUUGUAAGUAGGGCGACGGCUGCAUCGGGCUGCGCGUGUCGCCGGAAAAAGCGAGAGAAAGUUAGAAAGUGAAAGAGAGAAAAAGAAUGAGUGAGUGUGAGAAUGAGACGGUAGUUUCACGCAACCGGAUCGAAUCGCGAUCCAGCUUGUACGCUGUACAUCGGCCAUGUCCAUUUAUUUAUGUAUGUGGCAAUAAAGUCGUUAUUGUUACUAUUAUUA